AUGACAACCCUUAAUGUUUAGAUUAAUCUUAAUCAAUUUCAACUAAUAUUAUAGAAAGAAGAAGAAAAGAAAUAAUAACAAUAUUUAUUAUAAAAAAAAGAAUAUCCAAAAGGAUCAAUAAAUCUAUAUGAAUCAAGAUUUGAGAAAGUUUCAUUAUCAAACUAAAAGAUAAAUGAAGUAAUAGGAUGGAUGUUAAUAAUAACUGUCAUUUUAAUGAUAAUCGUAUUGCCAAUCUCUAUAAUAUAAAAUUCUAUUAUUGGAUUUGCAAUUCCAUUAAUGUCAGUUACGACGUUCUUUAUAGUAUAUAUAAAUUGGAUUUCGAUGAAGUUUUUUAUAAAUUCUUGA